AUGGCCAGAACUAAGCAAACAGCCAGAAAAUCCACCGGUGGUAAGGCCCCAAGAAAGCAAUUAGCCUCCAAAGCUGCCAGAAAGUCUGCCCCAUCCACCGGUGGUGUCAAGAAGCCGCACAGAUAUAAGCCAGGUACUGUCGCUUUAAGAGAAAUCAGAAGAUUUCAAAAAUCUACUGAAUUAUUGAUCAGAAAGUUACCUUUCCAAAGAUUGGUCAGAGAAAUUGCUCAAGAUUUCAAAACCGAUUUGAGAUUCCAAUCUUCUGCUAUCGGUGCUUUACAAGAAUCUGUUGAAGCUUACUUAGUUUCCUUAUUCGAAGACACAAACUUAGCUGCUAUCCAUGCCAAGAGAGUCACCAUUCAAAAGAAGGAUAUUAAAUUGGCUAGAAGGUUGAGAGGUGAAAGAUCAUGA